AUGGUAGAAGUGAUUUGGAAGAACCGUAAUAAUAUAGUUUGGAAUAAUGAAAGGGAGAGCAUGUCUCGUUUAGGCUUGCAAGCCUAUGUUAAUUGGCAGGAUUGGUUCACAGCCCAGAUUGCUCAGGAAAGGAGCAACAGUAAUCACCUCCCUGUAGUGUGGUCUCCUCCGGCUGAUAAUUGGGUCAAGUGUAAUGUUGAUGCCGGCUUCAAUAAGUCUUAUCGUUCCACUAACAGAGGUUGGUGCUUCCGUGACAAUUUGGGUAGAUUCAUUACCGCAGGAAUUGCUUGGGAUAUUGAUAGUAUGUCAACCAUCGAAGCUGAGGCGUUAGUCUUGAAAGAAGCUGUUCAACAUGCUAUCUCCUUGAACUUGAAUUUUGUGAUCUUUGAAAGCGAUUCUCAAGUGGUUAUUCAAGGCAUUCAUUCAAAUGUUUCUAGUUUGUCUGAGUUUAACCUUAUCCUCCUCUCUAUUAAGCGUCUGUUAGCUCUGAUCCCGAAUUUUGAGGUGAAGUUUAUUAAGCGCCAAGCGAAUAUGGUUGCCGACACACGUUAG